GGUAAUAGACUUGCCAAACAACAAAGCUGGCUGGUGGUUGAAGUGGGAAGAAUGUCCCAGAUUUAUCAGGUUCUAGACACUGGAUUCUAUGCGGACUCUGUGGAAUGGUGUCCAUGUGAUGGAAAUCAGGACAUUCUACUUUGUGGAACCUACCAACUGGAUGAGAGUCAAGAAACAAAGAAACAGAACAAUUCUGAUGAAACAAAGACAAAGAACAAUCAGACCAGACAUGGAAACGUUCAGGUCUACAAACUUAACUCUGCUGAGGAGACCUGCUCAUUAACAAAGACUUCUGUCAUUGAAAUGCCCGGUGUCCUUGACAUUAAGUGGAGCCCAGACCUGGUUGGAGGAAACCCUGUCUUUGGAUUGGUCAAUUCUGUAGGUGCUGCUGAACUGUAUGUGAUGAACCACAGAGGUGAAAUGGGUGGUGGAUCCACAACAGCUGAGAUCACAAAGCUUACAGGGGUGACCCUUGGAGAAAGUGUAUUAGGUCUGUCCCUAGACUGGGCAAACAAAAUUACUAAAAGUGGCCCCCCACAGCUGACUACCUCCUCGUCAGAUGGCCACCUUCGGGUCCACCAGCUGAUUUCAGGGGAGCUCACUCUUCUUUCCUCAUGGAAAGCCCAUGACUAUGAAGCCUGGAUUACGGCCUUUAAUUACUGGGACACCAAUGUUUUAUUUUCAGGGGGAGAUGAUUGCCGACUGAAGGGUUGGGACCUGAGACAGAAAUCUACCUCACCCAUCUUCUCCAGUAAAAGACAUGAGAUGGGUGUGUGCAGUAUUCAGUCUAAUCCAGUCAGAGAGCAUCUUCUCUGCACAGGCAGCUAUGAUGAACACCUCUUGGUGUGGGAUAGCAGGCAGAUGAAGCAGCCCCUGGGUGACACACAGUUAGGAGGGGGGAUCUGGAGGGUGAAGUGGCACCCAAAGGAUGGUCACUUGAUCCUGACAGCCACAAUGUAUAAUGGCUACCAUGUAGUGGAUGCUCGCAGUGUAUCAGAUGGGAAGAUGUGUGUGUUACAUCACUAUGAAGAAGAUGUGUCUCUGGGAUAUGGUGCAGACUGGUGUCACAGUGCCUCAUUCAAUAACCUUAUAGCAACUUGUUCAUUUUAUAACCACUCUCUUCAGUUAUGGCAAUUUAAAAUGCAAAACCAAGAUGUUGGAUAAAAAAUGCAGUAUUAAAAUAAUUGAUUUAGCAAAUAAACGUGUUCUUUUAUAUUUUUGUCUCUUAAAUAUUAGAUUCUGCCUGAUUAUUUGUCAGUUAUUAUUGGGAUCAAGGUGUAAUAGGAAAGGAGGAAUUUGUAAUGAUCCAGACCAUGAUCUGAACCUGAAGCCCCCUGAAACACGUAUUAA